AUAAAGUUGUGUUUAUGACAAGCCUAGAUCCCGUGGUUUCCACAUUUCCCGAUGGGAUACUCCGACCGAUUCCACAAUUUCCAAGUGAUAUGCAAAAAGUUAUGAAUGAUCCUGAAGAUCUAGGAAAUUGUAAGAUAUGCUUACAACGAGCAGAUGGAAUUCAUUUUGCGGUUUCAUCGUGCAGAGCAUGUGCCGCGUUUUUUCGACGAACUGUCAUUUUGAAGCUUAAUUAUACAUGCAAGGAGAAAGGCAAUUGUACAGUUGAGAAAUCGCUCCGCAAUUUGUGCCGUAGCUGUAGAUACACGCGAUGCAUCAACGAAGGAAUGAAAAUAGAAUUAGUACAGUUGCAGAGGGAUUCUAUUGGAAGGAAGAAAAGCGGGGCCAGCAUUUCUAUUGACCCUUUGUUCACUCCGAACGUAGCAUCAUCUCUCAGUGCUAUUUUUAAAAAUGAAAAAGAAGACGUGUUGUCAACUUCCUGCACCAUUCUUUCGCAAAUGACGAGCGGCUAUGCAAUGUUUUUGAAUAUUCGAAGAUCCACGAAUACACUGGUGCAGAGUUCUGUUAUAACGCCCACCUUCAAGAUGCCCAAAAUAGAAUUGCAUGCAUCGCGGUUUGAUUCUGCGAAACAAGUUUGCAAAGCAGAAGCUCAUUUGGUGACGGAUAUUGUGAACUCCUACUUUUCACCUUUCAAUUCUCUCAAAUUCGAAGAUAAGGUUGCACUGUUCAAAAACUUUUUUUGUUACUUCUCGCAUACCGACCGAGCAUAUCAAUCUUUUAAACAAUUUGAAAGCGAUAAUCUCAAUGAUAAGAUACUUAUGCCUGAUGGUGGAUUUAUCAAACGAACGGAACUUGGAAGAUUCUAUGAGAAUGCAGAGGGUGUACAUACUUCAGCAGAAGAUGCUGCAAAAAUCUUCCAGCCAGCUCUUAAUUAUAUUUUGGAUGUCAUUGUCGACUAUAUGCGACGUAUUCACAUUAUUGAGACGGAAUAUCUUGCUCUUUUGGGUUUUUGUUUAUGGGAUGACGCAGUUCCUGGAUUAUCCAAAGAAGCAAAAUCCCUGGCAGUGCAAACGCAGUCUAAAUUGCUUGCAGAGUUGCAAAAUUUCUAUUCUUCACAAAACAAAGACGCGGUUGAGAUCACCCAACGAGUUGGAGUAUUGUUGUUAUUGGUUCCAAAACUUACAAAAUGCGUGAUUAUGCUCCGCGAAAAUUCAGUUCUUGCUGAACUCUUCAAUUACUACGAAGCAGAUGUAUGUUGUAAGAAUUUCAAAGAAGAUGCUUCAGUUGAUCUGGAUUGUACGUCUCAGUGCAUUGUUCAUACGAAAAAUGAUUAAUUACUCUUAAAUUUCUUUUAUUAAAGAUAACAUCACAUGUCUUCGAAUAAAGUGAACUUUUAAAUU